AGUAGACCCAUUCUUCUCCUCCUCCUCCUCCGCCGUGAACAAUGGCUGCUCGACCACCGAACUACUUCAAUCAUAAUUCUCAAAGACCACCACUAAGACCCAUUCACACCACCACCCACCAAUUCCUUCGCAAACUGCAACAACAUGUUCCAAAUUCAACCCAACUCAUGGGUUUCUUGACUCUUGUUAUCUCCGGCGGUAUUCUACUCCUCCUCACUGGCCUCACUCUCACUGCCAUAAUUCUUGGCCUCAUUUUCUUCACGCCUUUGAUCCUCGUUUCUAGUCCCAUUUGGGUCCCUACUGGGACUCUUCUCUUCAUCGCCGUUUCUGGAUUUUUAUCCGUCUGUGGAUUUGGGGCGUCAACAUUUGCUGCUAUUUCUUGGGCCUACAGGUACUUCAAGAGAAGCAGGAUUGCUGAUACUGCUACCCAUAUGAAGGAUUAGUACCUGAGUUUGUCGCAGUCACCUGCUGUUUAAUUUUAGUGUCAUUGU